AGCGCUGCUGGCGGGGAGUCGUGCAUACCGCAGCUGGAAACAGCUGCCCCCGCCCCGCGCCCCUUCCCAGGCUCCAGCUAACCGCUCCCGCUCCCACUUGGCGGCUCGGAAUUCCAGAACUCGGAUUGCCGGCCCCUGGAGAACCGCAGCCGGUGCGAUGCAUUUCGUAGACCUCACCCAGCCGGGACGGACCUCUUAAUUUCCAGAGCUGCGGGCCGCAGGGAGUUAAUUCGCUGCCUUCCUCGCCUUCUCUCUCGCGGUUGGUGGCUCGUUUUCUAAAGGAACGUUUUAUUCACUUUUCAGUAUUUUCUACCGGGGACACUCGACCCGCCUCGGUCCAGACUCUGCUUUGUAAAUGGGUUUUAUAUGUAUGUAUGUGUAGACAUACUUUGAACACCUUGCAACGCUUGCGCCUCUCCAACAGGGGCACAGCUUGUUAUUUUGGACAUUCUUCUUCCCCUUCCACUUGGUACCCCGAACGCAGUGUGACCAAACUCCCCACUGACCCUUGGACGCGGAUCGCCUUGGCGUGCAAGUUUGGGGUGCAAGCGUCUAGUUUUCUGGAAGGCCUGGGACCGCCCCGCCCCCGCCGCCAGCGGUCGGGGAAGUUUACAUCUGGAUUUUCACACAUUUUGUCGCCACUGCCCAGACUCUGACUCACCUUUUGGGCGCCAGGUUUUCGGUACUGCAACCUCCUCAAGUAUUAGCACUGCCUCCCCGCGCCUACCUUGUCCCUCCCGGCCGUCGAGGUCCUGCCCUCGCCCCGGCGGAGCGCGAUCGCGAGGGCGGAGCGGAGCCCGGGGCCUGGGCCCCGCGCUGAGCAGCCAUGGCUGCGGCUAUAGCCAGCUCCUUGAUUCGGCAGAAGCGGCAAGCGAGGGAGUCCAACAGCGACCGGGUGUCGGCCUCCAAGCGCCGCUCCAGCCCCAGCAAAGACGGGCGCUCCUUGUGCGAGAGGCACGUCCUCGGGGUGUUCAGCAAAGUGCGCUUCUGCAGCGGCCGCAAGAGGCCGGUGAGGCGGAGACCAGAACCCCAGCUGAAAGGAAUUGUGACGAGGUUAUUCAGCCAGCAGGGAUAUUUCCUACAGAUGCACCCAGAUGGUACCAUUGACGGGACCAAGGACGAAAACAGCGACUACACUCUCUUCAAUCUAAUUCCUGUGGGCCUGCGUGUGGUGGCCAUCCAAGGCGUGAAGGCCAGCCUCUAUGUGGCCAUGAAUGGUGAAGGCUAUCUCUACAGCUCAGAUGUUUUCACUCCAGAAUGCAAAUUUAAGGAAUCUGUGUUUGAAAACUACUAUGUGAUCUAUUCUUCCACACUGUACCGUCAGCAAGAAUCAGGCCGAGCAUGGUUUCUGGGACUCAAUAAAGAAGGUCAAAUUAUGAAGGGGAACAGAGUGAAGAAAACCAAGCCCUCAUCACAUUUUGUACCAAAACCUAUUGAAGUGUGUAUGUACAGAGAACCAUCACUACAUGAAAUUGGAGAAAAACAAGGGCGCUCAAGGAAAAGUUCUGGAACACCAACCAUGAAUGGAGGCAAAGUCGUGAAUCAAGAAUCCACAUAGCUGAGAACUCUUUCCUUCUUCCCUUUCGCGUCCUUUCCCUUUCUUUCCCUCCCCUGUACCCAUUCCCUUCCAAUAAAUCCACCCAAGAGAGGAAAAAAAAAUGACAACGCAGGACCUAGUGGCUAAGAUUCUGCUCUCAAAAUCUUCCUUUGUGUAGGACGAGAAAAUGAACCCAAAGCUUGCCUGUUGCGAUGUGGUAGGAAGUGUACAUGCACAAAAAUUAGCACACAA